GAAUAGGACUGCACUCUAAUGCAGGCCACCAAGUACUAUUACGUGAUGAACCUCGGCUGAUCCACCAGAUAACCAUAAACAAGGUGCCUGUUCCGUGAUCAUUCCCGCCCUCCCACUGUAAGCUCCAUGACUCUGCCAAUAGUCCUGCGUCACCAUCUGCUGCCAGAUCCACUCGUCCGCAGACAUCCUCGGCCGGUGCAAUAUGCUUGAGAUCCUUUACGCCGAUACUUAAGUAGGGGAGGAUUUGCCCGUCCUUAGUCCCAGGGACGCUCUCACUUCUUUCCUACCUACCUGCCUAUCUACCUACAAUACAACCUACAUUACUACUACAGUCUCUUCUAUUCCUCCAUCUACCUCUCCUCCAACAUGUCAACCACAAUGACAACCACAACCACCACCACCACAGCAACAACACAAGAACCCACCCCCUCCCACCCCACCCUAAUCCAAGUCAACCGCAGCCCGAUCCCUUUCGCCAGCGGCGCAUACAGUCUCGUCUCCGCACCCGCCGGCUCCGUCCUAUGCAAAAUCACCGGAACCACCCCGUCCAAGAAAGCCUACACAUCCGUGCAAAUUGGACGAGACAGCCACAUCGAGCUGAACUCAGACCUCGUGUACUGCAACCACUCGUGCGAUCCGACGGUCAACUUCGACAUGCACAAGAUGGAGGUGCGGGUCGUGGAUAAUCGCGACUUAAAGGCGGGGGAGCCGUUGACGUUCUUUUACCCGUCGACGGAGUGGGAGAUGGAUCAGCCGUUUGAGUGUACGUGUGGCAGUGGGGAGAAAUGUAAGGGACAGAUUGACGGUGCGAAGAAUUUGAGUACGGAGGUGUUAGGCGAGUAUUGGUUAAAUCCGCAUAUUGAGGAGAUGGUGGCGGAGAGGGAGGCGGGGAAUCAGUAGGAGAUUAGUUAGUCAGUGAGGGGCGUGUAUAGUGAAGGUGGGGUUGUGGUGUUGGUGUUGUUGUUAGGGUGGGGUGAUGGUAGACUAGACUGAUAGAUAGAGUUAGAUUCUGGGUGUAUAUAUGAUUAGUGGGAGAUUUUGUUGUACGGUAGGCUCAGAUGUAUAGACUUGUUGGUGAGUUUAGAAUUGAGCGUUUUGUAUGAGUGGUGGGAAUAGAUGGUGGUGGUCUGAUCUUGUGAUGGUUGUUCUGAUGGUGUUGGUGCUAUAAUGGGGGUCAUUAUAAGGCUGGAUUUUCAUGUGCCGAGGUAGAAGAUAUAGGAGGAAUAGAUACAAAUGAUAGUUUGUGUGUACAUGUUUCCAC